AAGGCCGCUUUACCUCAAGCUCGCUUUCUCGCCCUUGUCCUCUUCCGCCCUUUUACUACCUCGCCCUGUCUCUGUCUCUCUCUUCCAUCGCUCCGGCGACGCACGCGGAUCCGCUUUCCCGGGACGCCGCCAGACUCUGGUCUGCCGUCGCCACGGCGUAGGUGUCGCUCCUGUCGUCCUGUCUGCUUCGGCGGUCGCUGGUUGUCUCGCGGGCCUAGCCCUCGGACGCCGAUCUGCUCUCAAGGGCUAAAUUAGGACAAUCAACAUGGGAACAAAACUUCAACAAACUGUCACAGAUUCAUCCAAAGCUGAGAUAGACACAAGAGCUCCUUUUGAAUCCGUAAAAGCUGCUGUCAGCCUCUUUGGUGAGGUGGCAUUUACAUCAGAUAGGGUGACAGUGAGAAAACCAAAACCUCCACCGAUUGAGCAGAGAGCUUUAGCUAAGGAGACCCAACUUCACUUGGCUAAAAAAGAGCUUAACAAGUACAAGGAACAACUUAAUAAUGCUGAAACAACUAGAAUCCAAGCACUUGCUGAGCUGGAGAGUGCUAAAUUAACCGUUGAGGAGCUAACCAAGAAACUCAAUGAGAUAAAUGAAUCAAAGGAAUCAGCUCUAAAAGCAACUGAAGCUGCAAAAGGUCAAACCAAGAAACUUGAAGAUGUGAGUUCUGUUGAGAAUAUUGGCAAUAGUAGUGGCUGGGAACAGGAAUUUGACAAUGCAAGAGAGCAGUAUGCAGUUGCCAUUACGGAGCUUGAUGCAGCAAAGCAAGAACUUCGAAGGAUCAAGAAAGAAUUUGACGCAUCAAUGGAGGCAAAGCUCAAUGCCAUUCAACAAGAAGCCGAGGCAAAGGAGUUGUUUGAUGCCAACACUAACAAGGUUGCUGAGCUUUCCAAGGAGAUUUCAGCUGCUCAGGAAUCACUCAUGCACGUGAAGCUAGCUACUGAUCAAGCCCGGCAAGAUGAGUUAAAAAUUCACAGCGAGAAAGAUGCCACCCGACUAUCCUACAAACAAGCUCUGGAAGAAGCUGAAAAGAAAUUGGCAUCUUUGAAAAAAGAGUUUGACCCUGAGGUUAAUAAGAACCUUGAGUCUAAACUGGCUGAGACUAAUGCCGAGAUUGAAGUUGUACAGAAGAAACUGGAAGAUGCCCGGGCUAAAAAUUUGGAGUUUGUUACAACAGAGACUUCCGAGCUUGAUGGCGCUAAAGAGAUGCUUCAGAAACUUGUUGAAGAAGAGAAUUCACUAAGGACUUUAGUGGAGUCACUGAAGCUUGAGUUGGAAGCUGUACAGAAAGAGCAUGCAGAAUUGAAAGAGAAAGAUGCAGUAACUGAAUCCGUUGUCAGUAACCUUCACCUCAAACUUCAGAAAUGCAAAGCUGAGCUUGAGGCAGCAGUGAUUGCAGAAUCAAAAGCUACUUCAGCAUCUGAUGAUCUAGUGUCUGCUCUACAGCAGCUAUCAUCUGAAUCUCAGACAGCAUUGCAGGAAGCAGAGGAAAUGAAGAAGAGUGCUGAAGAGCUAAAUGGUGAAGCGAAGGCAGCUCAAAGUGCCUUGGUUGAAGCAGAAGAGAAGUUGCAGUUUGCCUUGAAGGAUGCUGAAGAAGCAAAAGCGGCAGAAACGAGAGCACUUGACCUCAUCAAGGAGUUAUCUGCAAAAACAAAUGUAGCUCGGGCAUCGACUUCUGAGUCUGGAGCUAACAUAACCAUCUCAAAAGAAGAAUAUGAGUCAUUAACCCGGAAAGUAGAUGAGUCCGAGAAACUGACGGAGAUGAAAGUUGGUGCGGCAUUGGCUCAGGUAGAGGCUGUGCAUGCAAGUGAGAAUGAAGCAAUCAAGAAACUUGAGGCAGCUAGAAAGGAGAUGGAGGACAUGGAGGCUGCCACAGAGGAGGCACUCAAGAAAGCAGAAAUGGCUGAGGCUGCAAAGAAGGCUGUCGAAGGAGAGCUGAAGAAGUGGCGCGAGAAGGAACUGAAGAGAGCUGCUGAGACUGCCUCAAGGAUACUGGCCGAGACACAGAUGUCAGCAGAGCCAUUGCCACCAAAACCCGUGGCUCACAGCUCCAAGACAUCAGAGAAGACUGAUGAAAACUGCAAGGUCUUGAAACCAUCCUCUUCAAAAAAGUCACUCUUCCAAAACUUCAGCGGCAUAUUUCACAGGAAGAAGAGCCAGGUGGAUGGUGGCUCUCCAUCCUAUCUACCCGGCGAGAAACCCGUAUAAUCCUUGUACUACUACUACCUCCGCCUGUGCCUGUAUGAUUUAGUAGUCUGUCUUUUAGACCUUCCGAGAGCAUGUGCAAGGCUUGCGAUGUGUAUAGUGGUGAAUGUUUUUCUCAUGGGUCAUGUUCAGUCUUUGUUGCCACAAGCUAAUCACUGUUGAAGUUUUUCUCUGGUUACUACUCCGUUAAAUGUUUAACGUAGUGAUCCUAUGCCGAAAUUGUUUUA